UCAAAAAGAAGAUCUCAGGGACUAUCACUGGAUGCUAUUUAUCACUGCCUGAACAGGACCAUCUUGUAUCAGUUCUCAAGGGCGCACAAAACUGUUCCUCAGCAAGUGGCUCUCCUUGAUUCCCUAAGGGUCCUUACUGUGAACAGAAACUUAAUUUUGGGACCUGGAAAUCACGAUCAAGAGUUCAUCAGUUGCCUAGCUCACUGCUUGAUAAAUCUGCAUGUGGGAAGCAAUGUUGAUGGGUUUGGAUUGGAAGCAGAAGCCAGGAUGACAACUUGGCACAUUAUGAUCCCCUCUGAUAUAGAACCAGAUGGAGUCUACAAUCAAGACGUCAGCGAAGGUCGCCAGCUUCUUUUAAAAGCCAUAAACAGAGUGUGGACAGAGCUGAUCCAUAGUAAAAAACAGGUUUUAGAAGAAGUUUUCAAAGUGACACUACCUGUCAAUGACCGUGGCCAAGUGGAUAUAACUGUUGCAAGACCUUUUAUUGAGGAAGCAAGUUUAAAGUGCUGGCAAAAUCAUUUGGCUCAUGAAAAGAAAUGCAUUAGUAGAGGGGAAGCUUUGGUUCCAACCACACAGUCCAAGCUUUCACGAGUUAGCAGUGGGUUCGGCCUCUCUAAACUAACCGGUUCCAGGAGAAACCGUAAGGAGAGUGGUCUCAAUAAACACAACCUUUCUACACAGGAAAUUUGCCAGUGGAUGUUUACUCACAUUGCAGUCGUUCGGGAUCUGGUUGAUAUGCAGUAUAAGGAAUAUCAGGAGCGUCAGCAGAAUGCAUUAAAAUAUGUGACAGAAGAGUGGUCUCAAAUUGAGUAUGAGUUACUACGAGAGCGAGGUUUAUGGGGUCCCCCCAUUGGCUCCCAUCUUGACAAGUGGAUGUUGGAGAUGACUGAGGGUCCCUGCAGAAUGAGGAAGAAGAUGGUGCGAAAUGACAUGUUUUAUAUUCAAUAUCCCUACAUGCCUGAAGCUGAGCAAGAAACAAACUUGCUGUCUGAGGUCUCAAGUAGGCUUCCUGAGACAUCUGAUGAUACCAUUCCUCAAAAGAAACCUGCUCGUUACCGAAGAGCUAUAAGUUACGACAGUAAGGAGUACUACAUGCGCCUGGCUUCUGGAAACCCUGCGGUCUUUCAGGAUGCUAUAGAAGAGAAUACAGUGGGUGAAACAACUCAGCAGGAGCCAGAACAUGGGGAGGACACUAUUGCAAGAGUCAAAGGCCUGGUGAAGCCUCCCUUGAAACGAUCUCGCUCUGCUCCUGAUGGAGGAGAUGAUGAGAACCAGGACCAAUCGCAGGAUCAGAUUGUUGAGGGGAGUUCGAUUGAUGAAGAGGAGAAGACUGACAAUACAACUCUACUUCGACUUCUUGAAGAAGGAGAGAAGAUUCAGCAUAUGUACCGCUGUGCUCGGGUUCAGGGCCUUGACACCAGCGAAGGACUGCUUCUCUUUGGGAAAGAGCACUUCUAUGUCAUUGAUGGAUUUACCAUGACAGCCACCAGAGAAAUACGGGAUAUUGAGACACUGCCUCCAAAGAUGCAUGAGCCAAUCAUACCUAGGGGAGCACGACAAGGUCCAAGUCAGCUCAAAAGAACAUGCAGCAUUUUUGCAUAUGAAGAUAUCAAAGAAGUACAUAAAAGGAGAUACCUUUUGCAGCCAAUUGCAAUUGAAGUUUUCUCAGGAGAUGGACGGAACUAUCUUCUAGCUUUCCAAAAAGGGAUUAGAAACAAAGUUUAUCAGAGGUUUUUGGCUGUGGUGCCAUCUCUAACUGACAGUUCGGAGUCAGUGUCUGGGCAAAGACCAAACACCAGCGUAGAGCAAGGGUCUGGCUUGCUUAGCACUUUAGUGGGAGAAAAAUCUGUUACUCAAAGAUGGGAAAGAGGAGAAAUCAGUAACUUCCAGUACCUGAUGCACUUAAACACUCUGGCGGGCAGAUCCUAUAAUGAUCUCAUGCAGUACCCUGUCUUUCCCUGGAUCCUUGCAGACUAUGAUUCAGAGGAACUGGAUCUUACAAAUCCUAAGACAUUCAGAAACCUGGCCAAGCCCAUGGGUGCUCAAACAGAAGACAGGUUAGCCCAGUACAAGAAGCGAUACAAAGACUGGGAAGAUCCCAAUGGGGAAACUCCAGCUUAUCACUAUGGGACCCACUAUUCAUCGGCCAUGAUAGUGGCUUCCUAUCUUGUUCGGAUGGAGCCUUUUACUCAGAUUUUCUUACGGUUACAGGGUGGGCACUUUGACCUGGCUGACCGAAUGUUUCACAGCGUACGCGAGGCUUGGUAUUCAGCAUCAAAGCACAACAUGGCAGACGUGAAGGAGCUCAUCCCAGAGUUCUUCUACCUCCCUGAGUUCCUGCUCAAUUCCAACAAUUUUGACCUAGGUUGCAAACAAAAUGGCACUAAACUUGGUGAUGUCAUACUCCCCCCAUGGGCAAAAGGAGAUCCUCGUGAAUUUAUCAGAGUUCACCGGGAGGCUCUGGAAUGUGACUUUGUGAGCGCACAUCUGCAUGAGUGGAUUGACUUGAUCUUUGGCUAUAAACAGCAAGGUCCUGCUGCAGUAGAAGCUGUAAAUGUCUUUCACCAUCUCUUCUAUGAGGGGCAAGUGGACAUAUAUAACAUCAAUGAUCCAUUAAAAGAGACAGCUACCAUAGGAUUCAUUAAUAACUUUGGACAGAUACCAAAGCAGCUGUUUAAAAAACCCCACCCACCAAAGCGUGUUAGAAGCCGACUGAAUGGAGAGGCUGUGGGAACCUCUGUGCCCCCUGGUUCUACAAGUGACAAGAUUUUUUUCCAUCAUUUGGACAACCUGCGACCAUCUCUUGCCCCAGUGAAAGAGCUCAAGGAGCCUGUAGGACAGAUCGUGUGUACUGAUAAAGGCAUUCUGGCAGUAGAACAGAAUAAGGUUCUCAUCCCACCCACAUGGAAUAAAACUUUUGCUUGGGGCUAUGCAGACCUCAGCUGUAGACUGGGUACCUACGAGUCUGACAAGGCAGUAAUUGUUUAUGAAUGUCUGUCAGAAUGGGGUCAGAUCCUGUGUGCCAUUUGCCCCAACCCCAAACUAGUUAUCACUGGAGGAACAAGCACAGCGGUGUGUGUGUGGGAAAUUGGCAUCUCCAAAGAAAAAGCUAAAGCCCUCACACUGAAACAGGCGUUACUGGGUCAUACUGACACUGUCACAUGCUUAACAGCAUCACUAGCUUAUCACAUAAUUGUGAGUGGAUCACGGGAUCGCACCUGCAUCAUCUGGGACUUGAAUAAACUCUCUUUUCUAACACAGCUUCGAGGUCACAGGGCUCCAGUUUCAGCACUCUGUAUAAAUGAAUUAACGGGGGAUAUUGUGUCAUGUGCUGGCACUUACAUCCAUGUAUGGAGCAUUAAUGGCAGCCCUACUGCAAGUGUAAACACUUUCACUGGCCGAAGCCAGCAGAUAAUGUGUUGCUUUGUGUCAGAGAUGAAUGAGUGGGACACCCAGAAUGUCAUAGUAACGGGACAUUCGGACGGAGUUGUUCGGUUCUGGCGGAUGGAGUUUUUGCAAGUACCAGAAACACCAGCUCCAGAGCCUGUGGAGAUGCUGGAAAUGCAAGAGGAUUGUCAGGAAGCACAAAUAGGGCAGGAAGCCCACGAAGAGGACAGCAGUGACUCCGAGGCAGAUGAUCCAUGCAUAGGCCAGGACACAAAACUGCAGGAGAGCCAGAGUCAACCAAGCAGCACCAGCCACAGGCCUAGGUCAUCAUCAAACAGGGCAGCAGCAGCAUGGUCAGCAGACAGCGGCUCUGAUGACUCCAGGCGCUGGUCAGACCAGCUCAGCUUGGAUGAGAAAGAUGGCUUUAUCUUUGUGAAUUAUUCUGAGGGACAAGCAAAAAUGCAUCCCCAUGCUCAGGUUAACCACCCGCACCCCGGCUAUGCUGAAGCACGGCACUACAGCAAGCUGAAACCAGGAUACAGAUGGGAGCGUCAGUUGGUGUUCAGAAGCAAACUAACUAUGCACACAGCAUUCGAUCGCAAAGACAACGCACAUCCAGCAGAAAUCACGGCGCUCGGCAUCUCUAAGGAUCACAGCAGAAUCCUUAUUGGGGAUGGCCGAGGCAGAGUGUUCAGCUGGUCUGUAAGCGAUCAGCCUGGCCGAUCUGCAGCUGAUCACUGGGUGAAGGACGAGGGGGGAGACAGCUGUUCAGGCUGCGCAGUCCGUUUUUCACUCACUGAGAGGCGUCACCAUUGCAGGAACUGUGGACAGCUCUUCUGCCAGAAGUGCAGUAGGUUUCAGUCUGAAAUCAAGCGUCUGAAGAUUUCAUCCCCAGUCAGAGUCUGCCAGAACUGCUUCUACAACCUGCAGCAUGAGCGGGGUUCAGAGGAGGGGUCCAGAAAUUGAUGGGGUCUUGGCAAAUGGAGAACCCAUCCAGCCCCACCAUUGCUCCAAGGACUAGUGAGAACAUUGUGCAGUGAUCAGAAGGGAUUAGAAUAUUGUCUGUUUACACUUAAGUUUAUACUGAGUUUUAAGCACUAAGAGUAAAAAGGGAUCAUUGGAUUGAUUUGUUUGAAUCCAAAUUAGAGAAGGUAAAUGAGGCUAACAGCAUAAUUAAGUGAAAAGCAAGGCCCAGGAAGACAUGAUUAACAACCACACAUCCAAUAGAACUGUCAACCCCUAAACCUAUGUUGACAUGGCUAUUGAAAAAAUCCUCACUUAUCUUAAAAACUCGUUCUUGUCUUGUUUUUGUAGAGCUAGUCAUCUUUAUCGGGGGGAGGGGGAGGGGAAGGCUUUUUAGAAGAUAGUUGUAAAUCUGCCUUCUUCACAAGCAACUGUGUAUAUUGUAAAUAGGUAUAAUGGCCUUUUUAUCUAAAUAUGAACUUAACUGCCUGUUACAUGGGACUUCAGAUUAACCACUAUACUUUGUGUGGCAUCUUUAUCUCAUCUAUCAAUUUAAAUACAAAUGUUUAAAAAGAAAAAAAAAAAAAAAACAAAAACAAAAACCAGAAAACUCGAAGGCAUUAUGCGUAUUUCUGUUAAAAAUCCAGUCUGUGCAUGUUUGUUCUUUCAGUUGCCCACAGUAUCUUAAUUUAAGUAAGGCUAUUCAUAGAAUUACAUGGCUUUUUUCAAAAGAAAACAUUUUUGAGAAUAGGACUUGGAGUAUUUUAUUCUAGCUGUAAGAUAACCAGGACCUAAAUUGUACACUUGUGUUGCAUUUUAUACCAAACUAAUUACCACCUCAGUGUUGUUCAUAUUUAAUAAGGCCUCUUUUAUACAUAUGUCAGAGCUGCAGUUUUGUUAAUUACUUAAUGUUCAUUAGCAGCUGAUUCAUGCCGUGCAAGAACCAGCUUUUACCUUCUUUAGUCAAUAGCGAUUAGCUUGCAUAUAGGUACAGAAUGAAUUCCUUGUGCAUAAAAUUUAACCGCUGUUGUCCUGUAGCUUGGUUUGCAAAAAACCUUUUGGAUCAAUAGGCAUUGCUCUAAAACAGGGUGAUUUUAGU